GCGUUUGGAUGGCAUCAGCCUGCAGACCACUUGCUUCUCAAGAAGAGUUAAAGUGAUAGGAUUUCCACUCCUAGAGAGAAGCGGAAACGUCACUUCCUCUGGAUGCUGCUCCAUCCCCCUAAGUCUGAGGAAGCAAUUCAGAACUCAGAGGCUGCAAAGGGGCUUUUUGGAUAGAAGAAAGAUCUCACUGUUCACAGUCAUCCUGGUGUGAUUCAAAGACAGAGAGACAUUAUGGAGGGCGCUCAGGUCCCUGUGUCCUUUGAGGAGGUGGCUGUGUAUUUCAGGGAAGAGGAAUGGUCUCUGCUGACUCUGCGCCAGAAAGCACUGUACAGGGAAGUUAUGCUGGUGAAUUAUGAAACAGUGGCAUCUCUGGAACAUUCUGUGUUGCCUCAGCCUGGCCUCAUUUCCUGGUUGAAAGAAGGAAACAAGCAGUUUUUCCAGAAGAAAUAUGCUGCAGAAAACGCAGCAAACGACAGGAAAGAACAUCAGAUACAGAGAGAAAGGGAUAAGCAUCCAGGCAUGCAAAAUAAUAUGUGGACUCAAGAGAAAAUAAAGAAACAGAAAGGACGCCAACAAAUUAAGAGCAAGAAUAAGUCCAGACUUUCUCUGGAUGUAGACACCUCUGAAAAUAAAAUCCACGAAAAAAUGCAAAAAGGAGACAAAAGGAAGGAGUGCCCCGUAUGUGGGAAACGGUUUGCUCACAGAUCAAUCCUUGAGAAUCAUUUGAAAACCCACACUGGGGAGAAACCCUUUAAAUGCCUGGAGUGCGGGAAGAGCUUCACUCAGAGUGGAAAGCUUACCAGGCACCAAGUGAUCCACACUGGGGAGAAGCCAUUUAAAUGCCUGCGCUGUGGAAAGAGCUUCCUGAGAAGGGACACGCUCAAUUCGCAUCAAAGGACACACAGUGGGGAGAAACCCUUUACGUGCCUGGAGUGCGGAAAGAGUUUCACUGAGAAUGGGAAGCUUACCGUACACCGGAGGACUCACACAGGGGAAAGGCCCUAUCAAUGCCUGCAGUGCAGAAAGAGCUUCAUCGAUAGCGGGACGCUUACCAAACAUCAAAGGAUUCACACGGGGGAGAAGCCUUUUACAUGCCUGGAGUGUGGAAAGACAUUCAGCCAAAGGGAAGGCUUUACCACCCAUCAGACUAUCCACACUGGGGAAAAACCAUUUAAAUGCUUGGAGUGUGGGAAGAGCUUCCGUUUGAAUGGAAGCCUUACUUCUCAUCAAAGAAUUCACACCGGAGAGAGGCCCUUUAAAUGCCUGCAGUGUGGAAAGAGCUUUACUCAGAGUGGAACUCUUACUAUCCAUCAAAGAAUCCACACUGGAGAUACCCCUUUUGAGUGCCAGGAGUGUGGACAGACCUUCAAGCACAGAGAGAAGCUGGUUUCGCACCAGAACGUUCAUGUGAAUGCUGCGGAGAAACCAUAUAACACAACAAUGGAUGGGACAAAACCUUUUAAAUGCCUAGAGUGUGAAAAGAGCUUCCAGCAAUGGAAUCAGUUCUACUCCCAUCAGAGGAUUCACACUGGGGAGAAACCGUAUGUGUGUCGGGAGUGUGGAAAGGGUUUCCGGAAGAAUGAGUUCCUGACCGUACAUCAAAAAAUUCACACAGGGGAGAAACCUUUCAAAUGUCUUGAGUGUGGGAAAGAUUUCCGGCAGAAGUCUCACUACAACUCCCACCAAAGGACUCACACUGGGGAAAAACCAUUUACCUGUCCAGAGUGUGGGAAGAGCUUCCUGGAAGAAAAAUCCUUGGUUUCGCACCAACGCAGUCACAAGACAGAGAAACCAUUUAAAUGCCUGGAGUGCGGGAAGAGCUUCAGCGAUAUCGGAGCGCUGAGCAAACAUCACAGAAUUCAUACUGGCGAGAAACCCUUUAAAUGUCCAGAUUGUGGGAGAAGCUUCAGGUGGAGGAAUAAGUUCCUUUCACAUCAGAGGGUUCACACAGGAGAGAAGCCGUUCAAGUGUCCGCAGUGUGGAAAGAACUUCCGGAGGAAGGAUAAACUUAACAUCCAUCAGAGAAUUCACACUGGAGAGAAGCCAUUUAAAUGCCUGGAGUGCGGAAAGGGCUUCAAGCAGAGUGGAACACUUAUAUCCCAUCAAAAAAUUCACGUAACAUAGAAAAUAAUUUAAGUGGAUUUAACUACCACAUUUUAGGAAUCUCAUAAAGUGACACAAUUUACUGGAAUAGAUUAUACAACUCAGAAUGAAGAUAGUAGGAAGAGACAAAGGCUGUAUUACAGGUGGAUUGAUUCGAUCAAGGAAGUCAUGGGCUCGAAUUUAACAGAGAUGAGUAAGACUGUUAUUUAUUUAUGUACAGUAUUUAUAUUCUGCCCUUCUCACCCUGAAGGGGACUCGGGGCAGAUCACAGAACACAUAUCUGGCAAAAAUUCAAUGCCGUUACACACAGACAAGGCAAACAAUUGUACGUAAAUAGAGGUACAAUAGACUCUCGCUUAUCCAACCUUCGCUCACCCAACAUUCUGUAUUAUCCAACACAGUCUGCCUCCCAUCCGGAUCCACAGCUGUUUCAAUACAUUGCGAUGUUUUGGUGCUAAAUUUGUAAAUGCAAUAAUUACUACAUGA